AUGUAUACUAAAUUAGUUCUUCUCUUUCUUGCUGCUGCUGUCACAAUUCAUGGUAAAAAAGAUGGUGUCAACUUUGAAUCAUCAAAAUAUGUUAAUGAUGCAGUAAUAUGGGCAGAAUUCCAUAAAGAUUAUUUAACUAAAGCACCAUAUGAAAUAUUACAUGGUCAAAGGAUAUUGCGAUGUCGUAUUGUUAAAGAAUGUUGUCCAAGUGAAAUUGAUCAUUUAUUUAGCAUGAUACAUGAAAAACGAUUUGAAAAAUCAUGUAUUGGUACUCAAAGCUCAAAAUUAUACAAUUCACACACAACAAAAUGCAAUGGUUUAAUUAAAACUUUUCAUGAUGUUCAAAAGACUGCUGAAUAUACAAAAGCUGGAUUAGUUACUCGUAUACCACCACUCAAUGAUCGUUUCAAAGAAUGGCGAUCAGAAAUGGUACGAACAUGUUCAACUGAAGAACUUACAGCUUAUUUUUGUGAUCCAUUAAAUAUGGACUAUUUUCGAUCAUGUGCACAAAAAGUUUUACAUAAGAUUGAUCGCAAAAAUGGUAACAAUUUUUAUAGUACAUUUUUUCAACAUAUUAAAACUGAUUAUUAUACUCUUAUUGAACGAAUUACAAAAGCUUUUCCUUAG